AUGGCUAAGCUCACCACACCAAUGAAAGCCUCCACAAUGGCUUCUCAAAAAGCUCCUGGAUCAUCCUCUACAGCAAAAAAGAAACAACAAUCUACAUUAAUGUCAUUCUUCAAACCCAUGGCUGCUAAAUCCACACAAAGCUGUAGUUCAAUGCAACCUCAAUCAGUGGAAGAGCCAACGCAAUCUAACAAAACAAAAUCUAAUUUAGCAUCGUCUCCGUUGAACUCUAAAUCAGCAUUUAUCAAACCAGACUUGUCGAGUGAUAAGGAAAGUGACAAAGAAAACGAUGAAAUUAUGGAUAAUACCAUGCAUGGCUAUGAGAGUUCAUAUUCAUCUCACACAACAUCGCCUCUUGAUUUCCACCAGCAGGUAAAACGGAGUUUUAAUGCAUCAAAGCUGAAGCAAGACACCUCUACAAAAACUCCCUUGAAAGAGCGCAGCACUGUAAUGAACUCAAGCCCAGUAGCUAACCGAAGAUUGGGUAAAAAAGUAAAUUAUGCAGAGUCGGAUAUUGAUGAUGAUGAUGAUGAUGAAGAAGUUGUUACUAGAGGCAAAAGGAGAAAAAUUAUGAGCGAUGUUUCAGAUAGUGACGAGGAGGAUGAAUUUAAACCAGAUGACAAUGACGAUGACGCUGAUGAUGAUGAAGAUUUUAAUGUUGAUGACAACGCAAUGGAUGACUUUAUUGACGAUGACGAGCAUGAGCCUUCUGACGAUGAAGAUUUAGUCAGAGACAAAGAAAAGGGCAAUGUGAAAAGAUCACGUAAGGGGCACCAGCAGCAACUGAACAAGUCGAGAAAACAACAGCAACAACAACAGCAACAACAACAACAACAACAAGAAGAAGAAGAAAAACUCAGAGAUCCAAUUAAACCUACAAACGCCGCACAUAUCACUGGUGUAUCUUCAAAAAGUCUGUUUAUGGAAAAGUUUAAUGCUACUUCAUUGUACAGUGCAGAGGAUUACAAGCCUCAGCAAUACCAAUCAAUUACAUCAGCAACAACAAACGCUACUGCUACAAAGAAGAAUUUUGCAAAAGAAAACGAGGAAAGGUACCAAUGGUUGGUUAAUAUCAAAGAUGCGCAAAAGAGAACACCUGAUCAUCCUGAGUACGAUCCAAGAACAUUAUACAUCCCACAGCUGGCAUGGUCCAAAUUCACCGCUUUUGAGAAACAGUAUUGGGAGAUCAAGUCUCAGAUGUGGAAUACUGUAGUGUUUUUCAAAAAAGGAAAAUUUUACGAGUUGUACGAGAAUGAUGCUAUAAUUGCCAAUACAAAAUUCGAUUUAAAGAUUGCUGGUGGUGGAAGAGCCAAUAUGAAGCUAGCUGGUAUACCAGAAAUGUCUUUUGAACAUUGGGCUAAGGAAUUUAUUAGCCAUGGGUAUAAAGUUGCCAAAGUAGAUCAAAAGGAAUCUAUGUUGGCAAAGGAGAUAAGAGGAGGAGCCCCAGGUGCAACUAAAGAGGAGAAAAUUAUCAAAAGAGAAUUGACCGGAAUCUUGACAGGCGGGACCUUGACGGACUUGGAUAUGAUUUCUGAUGAUAUGUCCACAUACUGUCUCAGUAUAAAGGAAGAGCAAAUGGAAGAUGGCAAAGGUAAAAAGUUUGGAGUUGCAUUUGUCGAUACCUCAACUUCUGAAUUGAGUCUUAUUGAGCUUGAAGAUGAUACCGAAUGUACAAAAUUGGACACUUUGGUUACUCAGAUCAAGCCAAAAGAAAUCAUAUGUGAAAAAGGGAAUCUUUGUUCGAUUGCCACUAAAAUUUUGAAAUUUUGUGCUCAUUCUAAGCACCAAAUUUGGAACCACAUGAACCCAAUAACAGAGUUCUGGGACGUUGAUAUUACCCUUGAGCAACUUGUUAAAUCGAGAUAUUUUGAAGCUGAGAAUUUAGAUGAUUUUUCAAAAUAUCCAGACGUUUUAGUCAAAUUCAAAGAAAACCACGAUGUUGCUUUUAACGCAUUUGGAGGACUCUUGUCCUAUUUGAAAACUUUGAAACUCGAUCAAAGCAUUAUGAGUCUUGGCAAUAUCAAGGAGUACAAAAUUUCAUUGAAUGCCAAUUCGCACAUGAUUCUCGAUGGUAUUACGUUGAACAAUUUGGAAAUUUUGCACAACAAUUACGAUGGCGGUGACCAGGGAACUCUUUUCAAAUUAUUGAAUCAAGCCACUACUCCAUUUGGUAAGAGGCAAUUGAAAAAAUGGGUAUUACAUCCAUUGAUCAAAAGCGAGGAUAUCAAUGCUAGGUUUGACUCAGUAGAAUACUUGAUGGGCGACGGUCUCGAAUUAAGAUCAAUUUUGCAAGACACAUUGGCCAAUUUACCUGAUUUAGAGAGGUUAAUUGCUAGAAUACACUCGGGAACAUUGCGAUUCAAGGAAUUUCUUCGAGUUAUUGAAAGUUUCGAAAAAAUUGCAAAAGUGCUGUCACAACUACUGGAGUUCACAAAUGUCGAGUGCGGAGUGUUGCACAAGUACUUGCGAAACUUUCCACAAGCCAUGAGCUCACACAUUGGUGAAUGGGACGAUGCCUUUGAUAGAGUAGAGGCAAAACAAAACAUCAUUGUACCAGCAGCAGGUAUUGAUGAAGAGUUUGAUAGUUCUAUUUCCAUCAUCAACGACUUGGAAGCACAAUUAAACCAGCAACUUAAGGAGUAUAAACGUGAAUAUAGGUCGCAAGAGAUAUGCUAUCGUGAUUCAGGUAAAGAGGUUUAUCUCAUUGAGAUGCCCGUUAAGGUGGCGAAGAACGUGCCACUGUCAUGGCAAACAAUGGGUGCUACGUCUAAAGUGAAACGGUUUUGGUCUCCAAAAGUUAAACAAAUGGCUCGUAAAUUAAUGGAACAAAGGGAAUUACACAAGUCUGUAUGUGAUACUUUGAAACAAAGGAUGUACAACAAAUUCGAUAAGCAUUACCAAACCUGGAUGAAAGUGAUCACGUGCAUGGCUAAUAUUGAUUGCAUAGUUGCAUUAACAAAAGUUUCCGAAACCAUGGGGUUCCCAUCCUGUCGUCCCGAAUUUGUAGAGACUCAGCAUGGUAUGAUUGAUUUUAAGGAAUUGAGGCAUCCAUGCUUUGUUGGCACCAAAGAUUUCAUACCAAACGACAUCAAGCUUGGUGGUGAUGAUGAACCUAGUUUUGGGUUGCUCACGGGGGCCAAUGCUGCUGGUAAGUCCACCAUAAUGAGAACUACGGCUCUUGCAGUUAUCCUAAGCCAAAUAGGUUGUUUCAUCCCUGCAGAGCUGGCAAAAUUGGCCCCCGUGGACCGAAUUAUGACGCGAUUGGGUGCCAACGAUAAUAUUAUGCAGGGAAAGUCGACAUUCUUUGUCGAAUUAUCUGAAACCAAAAAGAUCUUGAGCAAUGCCACACCUAGAUCAUUGGUGAUUUUAGAUGAGUUAGGUAGAGGCGGUUCCAGCUCUGAUGGGUUCGCAGUGGCAGAGUCAGUUUUGCAUCAUUUGGCAACGCAUUUGCAAUCUAUUGGUUUUUUCGCUACUCAUUUCAAUAGUUUAGGGUUGGCAUUUGAAACACACCCACAGGUCAAGCCCAUGAGGAUGGCUAUAAUUGUAGACCAAACGUCACGAGAACUUACAUUUUUGUACAAAUUGGAAAGCGGAACAGCGCCAGGAUCAUUUGGUAUGAAUGUUGCAUUAAUGUGUGGAAUCUCAAAGGAGAUUGUCGAUAACGCUGAAGUGGCCGCAAGAGAGUACGAAAAGUUUUCAAAGUUAAAAAGGGCCAAGGAAAAUAAACAAGAAAAUGAAUGCGGAGAAGAAGCAGAAGCAGAAGCAGAAGCAGAAGCAGAAGCAGAAGCAGAAGCAGAAGCGGUAGCGGUAGCCAAAGCCACAGAGAUUAGCCUUGGUUUGCAAAGUGACUGCAUCUGGUACGGAGAUAAUAGAGUCCAGGAAUUGGAAAGGGAUAUCCUUGUAUACGAUGAGACUGUUAAGUCGCGUGCACUAUUCAAUAUCUACAAAAUGAUAGAUGCAUUGUAG